AUGUCAGGAAUAAUCUCGAGUUUGUUUUGGGGAGGAAGCAAGGGAAAGAAAGCAGAGAAUGGAAAGUCACUGGGAGGAUUGUUUGGAAAGUCUUCCAAGCUCAAUAAGCAGGAUAUUCAGAAGAAAGAGAAUAAAAGGCAUGUGAUACACGUUGAUAGAAAGCUGGAGGAGCAGAAAGAAGAGGAGAAGGAGCAUCUGGAGGAACAAAAGUUGAGAGAGCUACAAGAGGCAGAAAAGAGGGAGAGGAAGAAGAGUCGUAAAGAGAAAGCAAAGAUGAAGCAGGAGAAUGAGGAGAAAAAGGAAGAUGAGGAGGAUCCUGAUUUGGAAGCGAGGUAUUUUGCAAAGUUAGAGAAGAACGAGAGUAAGGAAGAAGAUGAGGAAGAAGAGGAGAAAGAAGAGGAAGAGGAGGAAGACAAGGAAGAGGUGAAAGACAAAGAAGAAGUUAAAGGAGCAAAAGAUGAAGCAUCAAGGACGGAACAGGAAAAGGAAAAUGGACAAGAGACAAAACCAGCUCCAGAGGCGAAAAACAUCAUUAUGAAAACGGAGGAGAUGAAAAAGGCAGAAAGAACAAUAUUUGUUGGUAAUGUUCCAAGUGCUGCAAUGAAGAACAAACAAAGCAUCAAGAAAUUCAAGCGGGUGUUUACAGACUAUGUGAAGGGGGACCCAAACAUAGAGAGACAGCCAAUCCAAUCGCUCAGAUUCAGAUCUUUGCACACGGAGACAGGAGCUUCUAGAAAAGCAGCAUACAUUACGAAAAAAGUGGACGAGAAUGCAGUUGUGAACAGUUACAUUGUGUUCAAAAACGAGGAGGACUCUUUGAAGGCCAUCGAGUUGAACGGCGUCAUUUUCAUGGAUCACCAUCUUAGAAUUGAUCAUCUUACACAUCCCCGCAAGCAGGAGAACAAGCUCUGUGUGUUUGUUGGAAAUCUUGGCUUUGAGGAAAAUGAGGAAUCGCUAUGGAAGUUUUUCAGCGAGAAACUGGAGGAGUCAGAGGACAAGGAGGAAGACUCAGUCUCAGAUAGUGUUGUGACCAAUGUUAGAAUUGUGAGAGACACGAAAACAAACUUUGGAAAGGGCUUUGCAAUCGUUCAGUUUAAGGAUGUGAAUUAUGUUGAAAAGGCUCUUUUGCUAAAUGGCCAAAAGCUGACGGGCGGUGAAAAGCCACGGAAAUUGAGAAUUGCACGCUGCAAAUCGAUCAAAAAGACCAUGAAGCAGGGAGAAAAGCGCAAGAAGAGAGCACGUGACCACUUUGACAGUAAUCUUACACAAAAACAGAGAAGCGUGAUAGGCAGGGCACACAAUGUGUUAGGAAAAAGAGACAGAAGCGAGGUUGGAAUGCCGGUUGUUGAAGGUGAGCGUGCUCAGGAGGGUGUACCAAUUAGAGGAUUGACUAAAGGGAGGGGAGGGAAAAAGAGGGGUAAGGAUGGGAAGAAGUUGAGGUGGUCGAAAAGACGGAAGAGAGCAUAA